GCAUUUGCAGUUAAUGCUGUGAAAGAUUAACUGUGAAAGAUCUGUUCCACAGACAGAGCUGCAUUAUUUGAGAAGAAGUUUCAAGUUUAUUGUUCCACAAAUCAGCAUCAUGGCUGCUGGUGAGUCAAAACCAGGCCACAGAAUUAAAAAUAAUCUGUCAGUUUCAACUGGUGGGAAAGUGUUUGCACCCAAUAUCCAAAGUGAUCAUUCCUCUGGACCUAUGACCAUCUCCAUGGGCAACAAGACAAUUGUUAACCACUAUGGAGGGGCCUAUGAAAAGAAACUUUCAGGGGCUGAUUUGAAAAACCUCAAGGCCAUCCAUAAAAGUAAAUCAAGAGAGGCGGUUGAAUACAUGAUAGAUUAUGAGAAGAAAGGGAAAAAGCGAGUUUUGCUGCAUGAGCGAUUUAUUAACGUGCGCAUCACUGAGGGAGACAGUAGUGAGGGUGAGAAGACUGAAGAGAGAGUGAUUGAAUAUGGGAAGAUUUUCAGUCCUGUUCCAGCACAGAGCAGGGAGCCUGUGACUGUCGUUACAAAGGGGCUAGCGGGGAUUGGAAAAUCAGUGCUUGUCCAAAAACUCAUCUAUGAUUGGGCUACUGGCACUGCUCUGUCUGAAUAUGAUUUCAUUUUCAAGUUCCCUUUCCGGGAGCUCAGUCUGCUGUCCGCAGAGAAGAAAGAAAUCAGUCUGCCUGACCUGGUCAAACAGUAUUACCCCUGUAUCAAAAGACCUGCUAGCAUCCUGGCCAAUGAAUCGAUCCGAACACUGUUUAUCUUUGACGGGCUGUCCGACGGCGACCUGGAAGUGGACUUUAACAAACACAUUGUCUACCGAGAAGUGUCCGGGGCGAUGGCUCUGGGAGCCCUCCUGGUCAAUCUCAUCAAAAAAGAGCUAAUUCCAAAGGCUUCCAUUUGGAUUACUACCCGACCCGGGGCCAAAAACGGCAUCCCUACUGAAUACAUCAGCAGGGAGACUACAAUCAAAGGAUUUCAGGACCAGGAGAAGGAAGAUUACUUCCUCAGGCGAUGCAAAGAUAAGGCAUUGGGCAGGAAGAUGUCCCAGGUCGUGAAGAAACAGAGGAACUUGUUUUUCAUGUGCUCGGUGCCCGCCUUUUGCUCGAUUCUGUUUUCUGUUUUGGAAACCGUGUUGAAAUCGGUGAGCGCCGAGAAUGAGAUCCCCCAGACAUUGACAGAAGUGUACUCUCACUUCCUGGUGCAUUUGAUCUUAUUUCGAGAGGAAAAACUCGAGUUUGUAAAUAAAAACCAGCAGGUUAUGUCGCUGCAGUCGAAGCGCGAUUCGAUCUUGGCGCUGGGGAAAUUGUCCUUUGAACGAGGCCACCUCAAAGACUGCGAGACAGUCUCAUUCAGCGAGGAAGAGUUAAAACAGAACAACAUCCAGCUCUCCUUAGUUUGCAGUGGGCUUUGUGAAGAGGCUAAAGGUGACAACUCGAACUAUUCCUUUGUCCAUUUGGCAUUGCAGGAAUAUUUUGCAGCCCUCUAUGUUUUUCUUGCCUUUUACAACCAGAACAAAAAUGCUUUCGGGAGAAGUUUCAAACUGUUUGAAAAACAGGGCUAUUCCCAGAUAUGCAAAGAGGCAUGCGAUUCCGCCAUCAAGGGGGGGAAACGUCGCCAGGAAUUCUUCCUCCGAUUCCUUUGUGGAUUGGGCACUACAAAAAGUCAAGAGAUUUUGGAAGGACUUCUGGCCAGUGAUGGGAAAAACAAGGAGAGAGACGACUCGAAGAAAAUCGCAAAAUUCCUGAAGAAAACCUUGCAGGCAAACAUUCCCCCAGAACAAACCAUUGACAUUUUGCACUGUCUAAAUGAGCUGAAUGAUAUUUCUGCCCUUGAGGAAAUCAAAGCUGCUUUCAAUUCUGGGAGCUUUUCGUCAGGGACCCUGUCGCCAGCUCAAUGCUCGGCGCUAGCUUUUGUUCUGCAGAUGUCAGAAGAGAGUUACCAAGAGCUGGAUCUGUCAUUGUACAAACUGCCGACGAUUGGCAUACGCAGACUGCUGUUAACCGCGAACAGUUUCACCGGGAUAAAAUUAUCUGGAGCCAACAUUAGAGACUCUGGACUGAAAAUACUCACUGAUGUAAUGCGAAGCCCGGACUGCAAAUUACAAAAUGUGAAGUUAGAUGGAAACAAUCUUACUUAUAAAAGUUGUGAGCAACUUGUUGCCGCUCUGAGAGAAAACCACAACGUAAUCCUCUUGGACUUGAAUGAUAAUAACAUACAAGACAAAGGUGUCAGUUUACUUUGCAAUGCACUAAAACAUGAGCAGUGCUCACUACGAAUGUUAAGUGUUGGUGGUAAUAAACUAACAUCCAGUUGUUGUAAGGACUUGGCUGAUAUGCUUAGUGAAAACAAGACCCUGCUAGAGCUGGAUCUGAGUCAUAAUAGAAUAGGUGAGAGUGGACUACAAGACCUGUUCAAAGCACUGAAGAAUGGAAAUUGGAAGCUACAAAAACUCGGGUUAAAUUCUAUAUUUGCAUUUGAGUUCGGAAUAAUGGGCACCUAUGAGGAUGCUUCUGGAGCUGGAAUAAUCUGUGAUAUACUGGAAAGCCAAAAUUGUAAAUUACAGAGUCUAGGAUUGGCAAAGAAUUCAUUCACACAAGUUGGUUGUGCUAAGCUCAUCAAAUCCCUGAAAGGAAAUCAGACACUGACAGAGCUGGACAUUGGCUCUAACAAUCUACAAAAUGAUGGAAUGACUGAAUUGUGUGACAUUCUGACAGAGCCAGGCUGUAAAAUGCAAUCAUUGAAGGUGACAAAUGCUAAAUUAACAAGUGAAUGUUGUGUGAAACUUGCUUCUGUGUUCAACAUCAAGACCUUGACAGAACUGGAUGUGAGCAUGAAUGAAUUGGGCAAUGAUGGAGUGACUGAGCUGCUGUCUUCACUGAAGGAUUCACAAUGUCAAUUGCAAAGGCUUGGAUUAUCGAAAACUGGUCUCACAGAUGCCUGGUCAAUUGAUCUCAAAGCCACAUUUGCAAAAUCAAAUCAACUGGUGGAACUUGAUUUAAGUCAUAACAAAUUUACAGACAAAUCGGUUCAACGCUUUUCUGAUUUCAUUGUGGGUUGUGCCAAACUAAAGACCAUAAGGAUGGAGAAGAAUCGGUUUUCAGCAAAAGGAUACAAAACUCUAGAGGACCUGAAGAUGAAAAAGGAUGAUCUCCAUAAGUAAUGCACUUAAAGCCUUUUGUUCUGUACAAUAAUAGAAUUACAAUGGAAAGAUGUAUAAAUCAUUUAUAAAUGUAAAAGUUGCAAACUCAUUGCAACUGUACAAAGAUGUGACAUCAUUUUUCUUUCUUUAAUUAUUGGUUGAGCAAGAUAACCUCAUGAGUGUCUAAGCCAUACAAUUCAGGGAAGACCAAAGUUUGAUUUCUGGUAUGUGUCAACCAUUUUCUGAUCUUAACACAACCACAGUACCACAAAUUAGAAAGGGAAGAUUAACCAAACUUCCCAUUCUUGAUUUUGUAGAUCUCGUAAAAGGUGUGGAAGAAUGUUGUGCACUAAAAAACAAAUUGCUCAACACUUUUUAUUAGGUCUGAAUGAAAAGAUGUUGGUCAAGAAUGAUUGUGGAAUGUAUAAAACCAUGAAUGGUUAACUCAUGACAUUAUGCACUCUUGCAAUGAUUUAUUUGUAUUGUCUUUAGAUUUGAUUAAAUCUAAACGAAUUAAAGUGAAUAAAGCCAGUGCAUUUUGAAAGCUGGCCUGAUGAUUUGAUCAGUGAAUAAUAUGAUUAAAUUGAUGGAAAAGUGU